CUUAUUAAGUUUAUUUAUUUUAUAUUAUAUAAAAAAAUAAGUAAUACUAAAAAAUUAAUAUAUAUCUUCUUUAAAAUAAUCAUUAACAACUAUAGUUUAUUUAAAAAAAUAGUUUUUAAUAAAAAUAAACUAUUUACUAUUAAGUUUUAA